GUUCCUCCGCAAACUGCUCCAGUGCUCUCUCCCCCACCGUUUCCUCCUCCUCUUCCUCCUCUCCUCUGGUUGGCUGGUCGCGUGAUCCAUCCAUCCGCCUCCCGGCCUCCUCUUCUCCAUAGACGCAUCGCUCCUUUCCGCCCGCAUUUCUCAGCAUGUCAUCCUCUGACAACCCCAAGAAAGUUGACAAAGACCAGGAUGAAGGAGAGGGAGGAUUCUUCGACAAAGUUAAGGAUUUCAUCUCAGACAUUGGAGAAAAGAUUGAAGAAGCAGUCAGCUUUGGAAAGCCUACUGCUGACGUUACUGGAAUCCACAUACCUCAAAUUAGUCUUGAGAAGGUAGAGCUCAUUGCUGAUGUUCUGAUUACAAACCCAAACCCUGUACCCAUCCCUCUUGUCGACGUCGAAUACCUUAUUGAAAGCGAAGGGAGGAAGCUCAUGUCCGGAGCAAUCCCAGAUGCUGGAACCAUCGAUGCACAUGGCUCAGAGACUGUCAAAAUCCCCGUGUUGCUCAUCUAUGAUGACAUCAAGAGCACAUAUGGUGACAUAAAGCCCGGGAGCAUCAUCCCUUACUUGGUCAAAGUUAUUCUCCAUGUUGAUGUCCCAGUCAUUGGCAGGAUCUCCUUACCUCUCGAGAAAGCCGGUGAGAUCCCUGUGCCUUACAAGCCAGACGUUGAUAUUAGCAAGAUCAAGUUUGAGAAGUUUUCUUUCGAGGAGGCGACCGCGACUCUACAUCUGAAUCUCGACAACAAGAAUGACUUUGACCUGGGACUUAAUGCCCUGGAUUAUGAGAUCUGGCUCUCCAAUGUGAGCAUUGCUUCUGCUGAGACGAAAGAAUCUACAAACAUUAAAAAGCAGGAAGUAACGACCAUGACCUUGCCGAUCAGCUUCAGGCCUAAGGAUUUUGGGUCUGCUAUGUGGGAUAUGAUAAGGGGAAAGGGCACUGGUUACACCAUAAAGGGGCAUAUUGACGUGAACACUCCCUUUGGACACAUGAAGAUACCUAUUAGCAGAGAAGGUGGAACAACUCGACUAAAGAAGGAAGACGAUGACGACGAUAACGAUGAGGUAUACUAUGUUAGUUUCUAUAGUGUUUCAUCUACAAUUUCCAUUAGACAUUCAUCAAAUAUUGACUUGAUAAAUACUUGCAUGUACAUUUGGAUAUCCAUAUCACUUGUAUCUUACCCAUUGCCACUUUAUCCAGGACUAAAAAUUGAAGAAAUGCACUUUCCUGGAACAGAGUUAAUGCUUUGAAGUUUUAACAAAUGGCGCCCUAUGACUCGAGAGCACUUUGUUCUUACAUUUGAAUCGCUGCUAACUGUGAGAAUUUCGAGAUAUAAAAGAUUGUGUAACACUUAUCUCGUCUUGACACUUUUUGUAUUUGUGAUUCCAAUUUGGGGUCAAGAAGUAAUUAAGAUGUUCAAUGAUACAAAGUCGUUGUUGUUUGGAGUUUCUCUACUAUUGCUCUGACAUUCGAUUAUAUGGGGAAAACAAUUUGCUUCCAAAGAGUCCAAGCAACGAGGGAAAUAACUAAGGUGGCGCUGGCAUGGAGUCUACAACACCCCCCCCCCCGGGUUGGGUCAC